GAUGGGAGGAGAGCAUGACUGGUCAUUUGACGUGGAAUAUUUCCGUAAAGACGAUGGAGGAGUAACAGCGUGUAGCUCGAAGAUAUAUCCCUUAUUAACCUAUUAUCCUGACAUCGAGACGGGAUUUGGCCCUGAACCCGGUCAGAUCUGGGUUCACGGGGAGUUGACGGACAGCAGUCUCCAACAGACUGAUCCCUUUCUGUUCCCCCGCCUCCCUCCGCUCAGCCACAAUCAUGAUAAAAGCCAUUUUAAUAUUCAACAACCAUGGGAAACCGAGGCUUUCUAAAUUCUACGAGCAUUAUAAUGAAGACACAGAGCAACAGAUCAUCAGGGAAACCUUCCACUUGGUCUCAAAAAGAGACGAGAACGUCUGUAAUUUCCUAGAAGGUGGAAUGUUGAUUGGAGGAUCAGACUACAAGCUGAUCUACAGACACUACGCCACACUGUACUUUGUGUUUUGUGUGGACUCCUCAGAGAGUGAACUAGGAAUUUUAGACUUAAUCCAGGUAUUUGUGGAAACGCUGGACAAAUGUUUUGAGAAUGUCUGUGAACUUGACUUAAUUUUCCAUGUAGACAAGGUCCACAACAUUCUGGCAGAGAUGGUGAUGGGCGGGAUGGUCCUGGAGACCAACAUGAACGAAAUCAUCACACAGGUGGACGCCCAGAACAAGAUGGAGAAGUCUGAGACGUUUAUCUUUCAGUCUACCAGGCAGGACAGGUAGACACAGGUACUGCUAAAUUUACAACCAAGUACAUUAACCUUAACUGAAGUUUACUUCCCCCCUGAGUCUCUUCACACGGCCUUCCAUGUAGUUGCAAACUGACGUCACUAACAUACAACAGGAAUCUUUCAUGGCAGACCCAAAAAUGUUGUCGUUUCCCUGUUAAACUCACAAUAGUUCUCGUCACUUAGGUGACAGGGGGUGGACUAGGUAAUAGAAACAGCUGACAGUAUAAUGUAAUCGGUUACAAUAAAAAAUACUAUAAUUGUAAAGUUUUUUUGUGAGAUUUUAUUGAAGCUGUAGUUUGUGGCGGUGCAUUAUACGCAUUGUCAGGUUGUAUCUAUUAUAUUGUCCACCUGCUGUAGUUUAAAGAAGUGUAACUCUUAACAGGCUAGAGAGGCAACAGAACUCUCUGGAUCUCUUGUUUUAGAUGUUCCUUAAACUAUCUUGAAAGAUCAUUUUUAAAAUUAUGUUCCAAGUUCCAAAAACUUCUAAAAAUAGCCUAAAAUGUGUAUUAUAGGAAUAGAUUGAAAUUUUGGGAGGUAUGCUCAUUCGCUUUCUUGCUGAGUGUUGGGUGAGAGGAUGGAUAGCACUGGUGUACGGUAUGGUAACUAUAGCAAGCAUCUAGUUAGGUAAGCUUAGCAUAAAGAGUGGAAUCUGGAAGAAAUAGCCAGGCUGGCUUUGUCUAAAGGUAGUAAAAUCUGCCUACCAGCACCUCUUAAGCUCACUUAUUAACAGUUUAUAUUUCAUUUGUUGGGCACUGUCGCCUCACAGCAAGAAGGUCGUGGGUUCAACCCCCGGUUGCCCCGGCCUUUCUGUGUGGAGUUUGCAUGUUCUCCCCGUAUCCGCGUGGGUUCUCUCCGGGUACUCCGGCUUCCCCCCACCAUCCAAAGAUAUGCAGGCUAGGUUAAUUCGUGUCUCUGGUGUUAAUGUGAGUAUGAGUGGUUGUUUGUCUAUGUGUGGCCCUGCAAUGGACUGGCGACCUCUCCAGGGUGUACCCCGCCUUUCGCCCGAUGUCAGCUGGGAUUGGCUCCAGCCCCCGCAAGUGGUUGACGGAUGGAUCUCGUUUGUUUCAUCUGUACAAAAAACAAAGUGUAGAAAAUACAGCUGCUGUUUUCAGGGGUGGUGCGGGAUUAUUUGUUGGCCGGCGCCAGUUGCUCAAGUUUCUCAUCCAACUCUCCGCAAAAAAGCAAAUAAGCAUAUUUUCCAAAGUGAUGACCUGUUUCUUUAAGGUCUCACCCUUUAAAAUGACAAUUAAAAACCUUGUACAGUAGACCUUUUAUCCUAUUUUUCCUUUGGAAGUAAAUCCCUCACAGAAAAGAGAAGGGUCACUGCUCCAGCCUUUGAUAAGGCUCUCUAACUUACAUAGACCAGAGAAUCACACCAUUGUCUUGUGUUACACAGCAGGUGUUACUAUUUCUGUAAAUAUUAGUCACCAAGUGUUUGAUUAAAAACCCACUAUUGUGAACUUAGGAUACCCACAGAGAGGAAAAAGUUAUCUCGUAACUGCUUAAUACUGAGCCCGUGUGCUGGAUCAGCAUUCCUCACAGUUAACGCCACAGUCAUCUUUCCAUCUAACACAAGUCUCCUUGAGUCUGGGCAGAGGGAGGAAUGCCCAUAAGACAAACGGCCAAUUGAAAUAACCUUGUGAAAACAAGUACAGUGGAUAAAUCCACAAUCCUGGCAUUCUUUAUGUGUGUCAUAUGACUUAAUGAUUUACAAGACCACUCAUUUGAAUCUGUUCCUGACAUAGGACACAGUUCUCUGUGUUGAAAGCCUUUUGGUCAUUUUUGGGUCUUUCUGCUAAAGAUUCAGUAGGGGGAUCUCUAACCGCAGUGAUUCUCAAAUGUCUGCUCACACUUGAGACUAAAACAUCACCUCAUUCACGCUCCACAGAUGUGUUUUAUUGUUCCAAAUAGCUAAUCUACCUUGGUUCCUCCCUUUUUAAAUGCUAAAAUGCUCUUAUAUAGUACAGUUUCACAUUGAGAUUCAUUGUGUUAGAGUGAAGUGCCUCCUCUGCCCCUGAGAAUAGAUCUCCCAUUGUAGUUUAGUAAAACUAGGCUUACAACCUCCUCAUGUCAUCCGUAGUUUAAACUAUAGAUGGGUAAAUGGCACAACAUUCGUGUUCCACUAUUCACAAGUAUGUAUUUAGAAAAAUGUUAGCUACAGUCAUGUGUAGUGUGUCCUGAAGUAAUUCAACCCACUAAAUGUACAGUAUCAUCUGUAUUAUUAUGGCUAAAGCUUAUAUUAUGUUGUUUUUAAAUUUGACGCACACAUUCUAUACAUACCUAUCUAUCCAAACAUCAUUUCCGUCUUCAUAUCCGAAUCCAUUUUUUCCUGCUUUACCCAAUUCUCUCCUUGCAUUUUUACCCUUAUCGGUCCUCAAGAGUCCGGUGGGUUCACUUUCCAAGCAAUGCUGCCUUUUGUCCAUUUGAUGAAUGUACAGUACUACUCAGUACGUCAAAAUUAGUGAAUGGUCUAGUAGAGUAUGUCCUCACAGUUGAUUCAUAAUUGGCUCUGGUUGUGUUGUAAAUCAUUAUAGAACCAAAUAAUGCAUGUGCAUAUGAAGCUAUGAAGGCAUCUGAAUGUACAUUUGCACAUGUUGUCUGUCUAGUAGCUGUCAGUGCUUUUGCAUUUUGUUAGCAGUUUUUUUUGUGUCUAGUACUCUGUUUAGCACUGUGUGUGUGUGUGUGUCCAAUGUUCACUGUUCAGUGUGUUGUCGUGGACAGCAUGUGUUCUGAUAUACAGAUUUGUAUCUUAUCAACCCUCCGUGUGUGUUUUGUGUGUGUGUGUGUGUGUGUGUGUGUGUGUGUGU